AGCAGGUCGUACGUCUUCUUCGCCAUUUCGUCGUGGUGGUCGUUCCGUGCCCAAGAAGUGGAGGACGAGGCGUCGCUGACGAGGUGGUAAACAGCGCUAGGAGCAGGCAAGAGGAGCGCGGCCGGGCGGCUUGUCGCGGUGGUGGGCUCGUUGCAGCGAUCAGCAGCGAUUCUCCGUGCGCCGAUGCUCCGUACAUCGAACGUUGCGCGUUACCGGUUAUAGGCUCAAGGUCGAACGAGGGCGCGUCUCCCGACGUUGCAACUUACGUACGUAUACGUACGUAUCACGUCGCGUUGCGUUACGUUGCGUCGCGUCGCGUUGUGCUGUGCUGCGCGCGGGCCAACCGGUCGCGGACUAUUAAAAGACGGCGCGACGUCACGCGACGGAGUCAACACGACGCAGAAGCCAUCGGGGGUAAGCCUCGGGGUAACUUUCGGUUCGCCGUCUCACUCUCCUCUCGCUGUCUCCCUCUCCGUCUGUCUCGGCGAGCACAACAGAACGAUAUGCGUCGUGAUAGUAAUCGAACAUCGAUCUAAAUGUGGAUCGUUUAUCGGAUAUUGCGAUUACUGCGCACGCGCGAGAUCAAAAAUACAAGGCACCGCGUGCGGGCUGUGUGCAGCAGACCGUAGCAGUAGACGGAGGGCACGUGUUGACGUUCGACGUCGACGUUGUGUCGCGCGUGCCUUUUCGAUAUACAGUGACCUGACACAUAUGACGCAAUAGAUUGCGUCGAGGUAGUGGACAUUCUCAGCGUUGGAAGUGAGAACGACACAACGGCGACGCCGACGACGACGACGACGACGACGGCGGUGGAUUCGAGCCAGUGGAACGACGGGAUAAUGGCAGCUAAGAUGCAGCACUGCGAGCCACCCAGCUCGGCGAGUUCCGAGAGCGACGACGCCGAGGUGUGCUUGGAUGACCGUGAGAUCUGUCUCGUGGACGAGCUAUGUGAAGAUGCUGAACAUCAUAGACGUUCCGACGUCGUCACGCCGACUCCACAGUCUCCCCGACCACCGUCCACAGGAUCGCAGAAGUCACCACGGUCGCGCAGACAACGUACUACCAGUAUGUCGCAGUCGAGCAAGAAAACAUCAGCAGAGUCUAUUCUCAGGAGUAAAACACGAACUAUUUAUACGGCUGGUAGGCCACCUUGGUACAAUUCGGCUGGUCAACAAGUGGAGCCCUUUGUUAUUGGUAUUUGUGGCGGCAGCGCUUCCGGAAAAACGACAGUUGCGACCAAAAUUAUAGAAUCUCUGGAUGUUCCAUGGGUUACUCUUCUCAGCAUGGACUCGUUUUACAAAGUGUUGAACGAGAAACAGCACGACAUGGCUGCGCGCAACGAAUACAACUUUGAUCAUCCUGACGCUUUCGACUUUGAGCUUCUCAAGAUCACAUUGCAACGUUUGAAAGAAGGACGAAUGGUGGAAGUUCCUAUUUAUAAUUUUGUAACGCAUAGUAGGGAGAGCAGAACGAAAACUAUGUAUGGUGCCAAUGUUAUUAUAUUCGAGGGAAUACUGACCUUCUACAAUGUGGACGUGUUGAAGAUGUGCGACAUGAAGGUUUUUGUCGAUACCGACGCAGACAUCAGACUUGCUAGACGCUUAAAGAGGGAUAUCUCGCAAAGAGGAAGGGACCUGGAGGGUGUAUUGAAGCAGUAUAGCACGAUGGUUCAACCCUCCUUUUACUAUUACAUUGCACCUCUUAUGGUCCACGCGGAUAUCAUCGUGCCGCGUGGAGGCGAGAACGAAGUGGCUAUAGAGCUCAUCGUGCAACAUGUUCACACACAACUUCAGUUGAGAGGUUUCAAAUUGAGGCAGAAGCUGGCGCAUUCGUAUAUUGGUCAACCACUGCCUUCGUCGCUGUACUUACUUCCGGAUACGCCGCAGAUAAAGGGUCUUCAUACGUUUAUACGCAACAAGGAGACGUAUCGAGAUGAAUUUAUCUUCUAUUCCAAACGAUUAAUCCGUCUGGUCAUCGAAUACGCUUUAUCUUUGUUGCCAUUCGAGGAAGUGAUAAUAGAAACACCGCAAGGUGUGUUGUACAAUGGCAAACGGGGUGCAACGGAUAAAAUAUGUGGCGUAUCGAUAUUGCGCGCCGGCGAGACCAUGGAGCAGGCCGUUCGAGAUGUAUGUAAGGACAUACGAAUAGGCAAAAUUCUCAUUCAAACUAAUCAACAGACUGGCGAACCCGAGCUGUAUUACCUCCGACUACCGAAGGAUAUCAAGGACUACAAAGUGAUCUUGAUGGACGCCACAGUCGCCACUGGUGCAGCUGCUAUCAUGGCGAUCAGAGUAUUAUUGGAUCACGACGUGGCCGAAGAGAACGUAUUAUUGGUGUCGCUGCUGAUGGCGGAAUCCGGCGUGCACUCGAUUGCGUACGCUUUUCCACGCGUAAAGAUCGUUACGUCCGCAUUAGAUCCCGAGAUAAACGAGAAGUUCUAUGUGUUACCCGGUAUCGGAAACUUCGGCGAUAGAUACUUUGGUACCGAGCCGUCCUCCAUUGAUGAUUGAAUAUCACAGCAAUCUUUAGAUCUCUUCGUUUAAAUUGCAUAUUUGAUGGUGUUGAUUAAAUUGUGAUACAAAUGUGACUACAAUAAUCUAUCGUAAUGUAUCUUUAAUAAAAAGAUACAUUAUUAUUAUUGUGACUUUACGAUCAAAAUGUUUCUUAUAUUGGUUUUCACAUCGUAAACUAGUACCAUUUAUUGUUUAGGCAUAGAUGAUAGUUGUGCACAGGUAAACUCUAUUGGUUUUUUUAUUUAGUCAUAAUUACAUUUUAAUAACUUUUAUUUCCCACUUAUCAUUAUUUCUGUUCGUUCUUUGCCAGAUUCGCUGUACAGUUUCCGACGUUUGCGGAGCGUAUUUUGUGAUCUAUUUAAAGUGGCGUCGUGCCGAUACUAGCACCGACGCUACCAGUUUCCGCGGCAUCCGCGGCGGUGCCACGUAAUUGCCGGUAUCCUCGCGCACUAGCACGACGCGAACGUCUCCACGAGUCCAAGUUGUUACCGGCGGGAUUACUCGGUUGACCUAAGAGAUAAGUUAUCAAUCGGUCCAAAGCAGCCAAAUCUUCGCUCGUGUUGCCAGAAUUCGUCAAUCGAUCCAUACGCGAGCGUAGAUCCGCGCCUAUCUCCUCAAUACUCUCAUUCUUCUUCGUAUUGCCUCUACUCGUGUUCCCGCGAUUAUGAAGACCAAGCCGAGAUCCGAUCUGCAUGCAAUUAAUUAAUGUCGAAUUAUUAAAUUGUAUUAAAUUUCAUUAAGACUGA